GUAACGGGGGGGGCGCAGACCCCAAGUCGCAUAACGCAAUACAUUAGUUGAACAGGAUUCAAAACGUGAGGUAUUGCUGCUAUGUAUUAAAUAUUCGAGAUCCCCUAUGCUUGCGAUUUGGCCCGAAGAAUAAUCCAUUCCACCGGACUCCCACACGGCAUCAGUGCGGUGAACCUCGCUCUCGCGUGAGUCAAAUUCUGAACAGGAAGAAUUCGGUGCGUGCGACUGCCACCACCCGACAAAAGUCACGAGACCGCUGGUGGGAACUCCAGCCCACUGGAGAGUGCUUCCAAUGUGGUCGCUGACUGCAAACUGAGCGCCUUCGAAGGCGGCCGAUCUGGCAGCUGACUGCUGACUGACGAGCCGGCGAAGGGUGCCGCCAUGCCGUGCUUCUUCCGGGACGGCUACCAGAUGCAGCCGAGGGUGAUCAGGCCUGUGAUCAGCCCGCGCCACAUCCUGCUGCUGGCCGUGCUGACGGUGGUGCUGUACGCCGAGUGGUGGGACUUGGCGCAGCACGCGCGCGCCUGGCCGACGCUGCCCGGCGAGGCGGAACACGGCAGCCUGCGCCUCCUGCUGGUGGCCGACCCCCAGCUGCAGGGCGAACUCACCGAGCCGGCCUGGCCGCUGGGCACCCUUACGCGCUGGGACUCAGACAGGUACAUGCGUCAGGGGUUCGGCCGCGCCUUCCAGCACGUGAUGCCAGACGCCGUGGUGUUCCUCGGUGACGUGCUGGACGAGGGCAGCGUGGCCUCGCCCGAACAGUACGCCGGCUACAUCAGGCGCUUCUGGUCCAUCUUCGGCUUCCCCAGGAACACCAAGAUGGUGGCGGUUCCUGGUGACAACGACAUCGGUGGCGAAGGUAGAGAGCCCGUGAAGCCGGACAAGGUGCAGGCCUUUAAGAGUGUCUUCGGUGCCAAGACUUCGACCAUCGUCGAUUUCGUCCAGUUUUACAAGGUCUGGACGAUCCCGCCGUCCUCGAACCACUCGGCCCCGCCGCUGACCGACGGCAUCAACGUGCUGGUCAGCCACUUCCCGCUGACCUCCAGCGUGUCGACGCUCACCCGAGAGACGUUGCUGCGCCUGCGCGUGAACCUGAUCUUCUCGGCGCACUCGCACACCUCGUAUGUGGCCAUCCGACGGAAGCGGUCUGGCCACAGCCUGCGCAUGGAGAGCCUGACCGGCGGCCGACUGGAGCGAUUGAACCUGGAGGACGACAACGUUGUCGAGAUCGUCGUGCCCACGUGCUCGUACCGGAUGGGUGUGCGGACCAUGGGGUACGGUGCUGCCGUCAUCGAUCGGGAGGGUGGUCUCAGCUACGCCGUGCUCUGGCUGCCGUCUCGCUUCAAGCAUUUACACAUCUACCUGGCCGUACUGCUAUGCGUGUGCGUCGUGCUCACCGCCUACCUCUGCAACCGACGGGGCGACCGACGACGCAGUAUUCACCGCAGCAAGAUGGCCGGCGUCUGAGGCGUCGCGUCAAGAUGGCUGCCUUUGGAGGCAAGAUGGCCGCCGAGCGAGGCGGGCAGGUGAAUUAGCUAAGCGUUACCUGUCAUUCGAGCUGGCGCUGCGAUAGAGAGUCGAGGGCGGGCUGACGGCUGACGGUUCAGCGGUCAGGUGCGGACCUGAUGCUUUCCGCUACUGCCGGGUGAAGUUGGCGCGGUGCAAAAUGCGUUGACGCAAGCGUGGUGUGUCUUAUAGGUUGGCACGGUUUGCAGCUGCUACAGCCUCAACUGCUGCGUGUGGACAGACACAGAGAGUGGUCUUACAGUUGGAUCAGAACUACACUACCAUUACCCAUCCAAACUGUUUCCAUCGGUAAGUUCAGCACACUUUGGCAACACUUGGGCGAUGCUGGAUGGUCUUCAUCCUUCCGGGGGGAGGCUAAUCGGCCAUUGAUGACGUGUUGACGUUGCGAGCUAAUGAUUGCGAAGCGUUUUUGUGCAGUAUGCCAGAGAUAGAUCCAACCGUCCCAGCAGGCUCAGGUCCGAGCUGGUGGGCUCAGAGCGUUGUGGGUUUGUUGGCCUGAACCAUCAUUGGCUGUCAGCUAUUGCGUUCAGCAUCGGAGGAUGCUGUCUGCCAGCUGGUAGACGCCACCCACGCUGUGAGAGAGAUCCAGACUGACACACCGAGCGAUGGGUGCCGGCUCAGUUCCAGCUGGUCGUGAACGGAGCUAAGCGUGAGCAGAAUGACGUCUUCACUUGCCUGGGGUCUGCUGGAAGCGCUGCCGGCUGGGUGUGGAGGGUCGAAACCAGAGGUGGAGUUAGCUCCCUGUACCGUGACACCUUUUGGACCUUGCAUGUUCUCAAGAGGUUCAACAGGGAUUUUUAGCUGUUUUACCGCAUCAGGACAAUGACGACCUUUAAUAAUAUGCAUUCUUGACAGAAGUUUCUGUAUAUAGUGAUGUUACUUAUCUUUCGUGCUUCCACUUUCCCUUCCGAUGUUCGAUGAGCGGAGCGUUGCUGCUGAUCCUGAUCUCGGUGACUCCGCCCUCCCGGCUGAUCGCGGUGCCGUCUGGGAGCUUCGGACACUCCCGACUUUAACGUCUCCGCUGAUCCUGAUCUCAGCGACUCCGCCGUCCCGGGUGAUCGUGGUGCGGUGCGGGGGCUCCGAACACUCCCGAUUUUAACGUGUCCGCUGACAGCGCUGGAUCGCUAGGUCUUCCCCGUUAUAUCAUGUUUGGUACAUUUCAUGAGACACAUAACUUACAGCUGCUGGCGUCGUGAUCUCGCCUGCCAGAUGUAGCGGAGAGCUGGACCACAGGGAACAGUGAGGUUCGCGGCCGUGUAGCUGAAGGCAUAGGGAGCUCAGACCCCCCCCCCCCCCGGCCCCACCCACCUGCAACAUGUUCAGCCGCCGAGACGCUGAUAACGGCCGUGUGUGGUUUGCGUCCAUGUCAAUGGCACCAGAGCUACGUUGCUUCAGCUUUUGCUACAGCCUGCGAACCUAGAUUGGCGUGCGUUCACGGAAAUAUUCCAGCUGCGAACGCGAAGUAUCAAACAAACGGACAGGCCCACCAUAGCCAGUGCAUCGGCGGCCGUAUGUGUCGGUCGCGCUCAUAAAGGAAUGUCUGCUCUAGGUUACAGUUGUGAAAAGAUCUCUGCUGAACAAAGCCUCGUUUUAUGUUGGCAUUUCAGCCCUAUCACGUGGAGACAACUCCACGCUGCAAAGGUUCCUUCGAGACUCAGCAUAAGUUGUCAAGCUUUUGGCCGCCUUGAUUCACCUGGCGGCGUUUGCUGCACUGUUGGUUUGCUGGUUUACCCUUAGAUGUUACUAGUGAGCAAGCGGGAGCGAAUUCGACGCCUGCAUUGCAACAUGGGGGGGGGGGGGCAUUGCAUCUUUGGGGUUGUGUUUUACAUGCUUUUCGUUGAGGAAGUUCGGGCUGCAAAGAUCAAUGGGCGUGCAUUUUCUGCCUCAAGUGUACGUCUUUUAAAAAUUAUGUUGCAUUUCCUUGUUGAUUUACCGCGCGUCUUUAGUUUUAGUCUUUAGUUUUGCUUCGAAUGAUUUUCGUGCAAGUUAAAGUUGCAUCCUUCCCACCAAGGAAGAUGUCUUGAGUUGGUCACGUGGCCCACCAACACUGCUGUAUAGGACCUCAAUAAGCAACGCCGCGGCGAUGUUGGACUGAAGACACGCUCUGUUGAGCAGGCCUACGAGGGCUUGUCCGCGUUUCCACCGUCUCAGUCAAUGACUUUCUUCCCACAUGCAGAGGCGACGGAUUUAUCACCGUACUGCUUCACACUCGCAGACCGAGACAGCUGACGUUGACACACAUGCUAACGAUGACCUUGCCGAACCGGUCCCCCCACCAACGGAUGGGAGUGGCCGAGUUUGAUAUGGUUUACCAAGCGGUGGGUGAAUGUCAGCGAGGUAACAUGCGUUGGCCGAGCCGGAGCGGACGGGCUUGGGUUGUCAUCAGCGUACCGGCUAGUCACCAAUGCAUGUGUUAGUCUUCACUGUCAAGCACGUACAGCCCGCGUGCUACAACGCAGCGUUCCCGCAGUUUAGUUGGGUUGUGCCACACAACUGGGUAAUAGGGACUGGACUCAACUCUAACCAGCAAUAAGGCCAAGGUCUGGUUGCUUUGCCAGUGCUAGAUAAUUACCCAGAAUUCGGAUGGGCAAAAAUCUUAUUGGGUAAGGGGAUAAUCUUCUUGCCAAAAAAUUACUCCUCGAAUGAAAGCACAUGUUUUUUUACUAGCGUUGGGGCCACAUGCCUCUCGCCUCCUUCCUUUCCCGGAUACGUUCUUGUUUUGAGUCUCGGAGGCAGCUUAAAAUAGCCCAGUUCAAGUGCGUUAGCCAGCAAUAUAGCUUAUACAGGCUGCGCACCGUGUUUAAAGAACACUCGCCCGGUAGACCGCAUCACUCAGGGACAGCGACGCCACGGUGCUGAUCUGUGGGCGGCAGUCUUGUGUCUGUCUCGAUGAUGGGGCGUCAGACCUUGCCGUACGCCUCCCGCUGCUGCGAGCGCGCCGGCCGGAUGACGAAGGCUGACGCGGCCGGCCGGGCAUGGCGCGCGGGGCAUCGCAGGCACGGCAGGUCAGCUUGUGGAGGCUACGUCUGUGGUCGAGGUUCUCCGCAUAUUCGGGGAAGGGGGAUGUGGUGCGCUAGACAGCGGACCG